GUGGCUCAUGUAUCGCAAUAGCAUCGGACUUCCAAGUGACUUGCGUUGGCAUUACAGGUCGAAGUUUCGGAGUGCAAGAGAAAGUGGGAGCGAAGUGAUCUAUCUCUUUCACGUUAUUUAAAAAAAUAUAUUUUUAUUCCGUUUCUAUAGAAAACGCAUUAAGGAAUCAUUUUUAUGUUGAUGAAGUCCCACCGAGUGUGGGACGUAGAAAAUAAUUGUCCUUUAUAGAGAGUGUAAAGAGGUGCACCCAACCAUUACUUCAGUGGCCAGACGUGAAGGACCUUGAUUUUCAUUUCCCCAGCAUUUGUAGCCUGUGCUAGGUUGGUGGAAAAUGGGCACGCGGAUCCACUCGGUCUCUGGACUUAUCGUCUCGUUGAUAUUUACAUGUCAUCUGAUAAAUGUGGCUCAGAGCUCCAAGGUAUGGGGAGAGGUCCCUCUGCCUGAGGACCUGGACUCCGAGAGGACUGUCGUCCAAAGGUCUCAGCGGUUCUUAGACGAUGACGAGGACUUCACUGCGGACGAAGCAUCGGGAGAUCUGCCCAGUGGAGAGGAGGAUGGAAGCACACCGGAACCCACUGUGGUGACUGAGAUCAGCACAACGUACUACAGAGCUCUGGUGAACUUCACAGACUCCAUUGUGUACAGGCCUGACAUGGAGGACAUCUCCUCACUGUCUUUCCAGGAGAUCUCUGACGCGGUGGUGGACACGUUGGAGUCGGAGUACAACAGGUUCCCAGGCAUCCAGACUGUCAAUGUGGUCCUCAUCAAGAAGAUGCUGAGGCAGGAUGGGGUGGAUGUGUUUGUAGAGCUUGACGUGGGCUCUGACUACAACAACAACGACAAUCAGAUCCGCAACGUGCUCUAUGGAGUGGUGAAGGAGGGAACCAUCGCCUCCUACAUCACCUCUGUCCAGGGCUUCCAGUUCAGACGCCUGGGAGAAGCUCUGCCCCCUGUGAACCCCAUGGCUGUGCCAGUGGUCCCAGACCUUCGGCCGUGCAUUAAGGGUGAGCACACGUGUCGGGAUGGGGGGUGCAUCCCUCUGGAGUACCUGUGUGACAACAGACCUGAUUGCAAUGACAUGAGUGAUGAGCUGGAUUGUGAUAAGAUCCGUCCUGGUGCAGUUACCCCCACUCCUCCCACCACCAUCCCCAUCAAGAAGCCUCCACGCCCCCCUGGUCCCCCAGGGCCCUGCAAAGUGGACCAGGCCACCUGUCAGAAUGGGGAGUGUGUCCCCAGAGACUACCUCUGUGACGGAGAGAGAGACUGCUCUGAUGGCAGCGACGAGUUCAGAUGCGGCACUCCCUCUCCCUGUGAACCAAAUGAGUUCAAAUGUAAGAACGGCCGCUGUGCUCUGAAGCUGUGGCGCUGUGAUGGAGACAACGACUGCGAGGACAACUCAGACGAGACAGACUGCCCCACCAGAGGUCCAGGUGACACGUGUGCCCCAGAGCAGUUUGUGUGCCUCAGUGACCGCACCUGCAUCCCAUCCAGCUAUCAGUGUGAUGAAGAGACAGACUGCCCAGACCGCUCUGAUGAGUAUGGCUGCACUCCUCCCAUGGUGACCAGUCCCCCAGAGGAGUCCAUUCAGGCAGUGCGGGGGGAGACGGUGACCUUUAACUGUGUGGCAGUGGGUGUUCCUACCCCCAUCAUCACCUGGAGGCUCAACUGGGGCCAUAUCCCCGUCAGUGGCAGGAUCUCAAUGACCAGUGAGAAUGGGGGUGGCACCCUGACCAUCCGUGACGUAAAGGAGGCGGACCAGGGGGCGUACACCUGUGAGGCCAUCAACGCCAAGGGCCUUGUGUUUGGUAUCCCUGACGGGGUGCUCAGCCUCACACAGAAACCAGGAAACUGUCCAGACGGUCACUUCAGUGUGGAGGGACGUUGUAUCUCCUGCUUCUGCUUCGGCAUCACCAAGAACUGUGGAACCACCAGCCGCUACCGCAACCAGAUCAACCUGCGCUUCACUGACGAGGACGACUUCAAAGGAGUGAACGUGACGUACCCCUCUAGACCAGGCACCCCUCCUCUCUCCUCCACUCAGCUCCUCAUAAACCCUGAGGAGGAGGAGUUCCAGCUGGUCGACCUAUCACGACGCUUUCUCAUCCUGGACUCCUAUUGGACGCUUCCCCGCCAGUUUCUGGGCAACAAGAUUGACUCCUAUGGAGGCUUACUGAAGUACAAGGUGCGUUACACGCUGGCCCGCGGGGAGACUGAGCCUGAGGAGAAACCAGAUGUGAUUCUGACCGGGAAUGGUCAGAGAUUGGUCUACCGCAGGGGCAACCCCACCCCCUCCAGGGUGGUCAACAAGAAGGAGAUCAAAUUCACUGAGGAGAACUGGCAGCACUCGUCGGGACGCCAGGUGUCCCGUGAGGACCUGAUGAUGACCCUGGCUAGCCUGGAGGCCAUCAGCAUCCGCACCGUCUACGACAACCACAUGGUGAGCGUGGCGCUCAGCGACAUCGUCAUGGACACCACCACCGUGGAGUACAACAUCGAGGGCAAUGCCAAGGAUGUGGAGGAGUGCAGGUGUCCCCCUGGCUACUCAGGACUGUCCUGUGAACAGUGCUCCACUGGCUUUGAGCGUGUGUCUGGAGGGAACUUCCUGGGAUCCUGUGCUGGAUGUAACUGUAACGGACACGCCAGCGCCUGUGACCCCAUCAGUGGACACUGUCUGAGCUGCCAGCACAACACUGAAGGUCCUCAGUGUGACAAGUGCAGACCAGGCUACUUCGGUGACCCCAGACGAGGUCGCCCCGAUGACUGCAAGCCCUGUCCCUGCCCAUACACCGAGACGUCCCGCCGGUUCUCCGACACCUGCUUCCUGGACCAUGACUCCCAGGCCACGUGCGAUGCCUGCAAACCAGGCUACACCGGCCGCCGCUGUGAAAAGUGUGCACCUGGGUACCAGGGUAACCCACUACAGCCUAAUGGCAAAUGUUUUCCAAACACAAACUCAAAGUGUGAUAGCAGAGGAACAGUGAACUCCAACAGCCGACCAUGCGCCUGCAAGUCCAAUGUGGUGGGGUCGCAGUGUGACGAGUGUAAGAGCGGCGCCUUCCACCUGACAGAGGAGAACCCAGAAGGCUGUCUGCAGUGCUUCUGUAUGGGCGUCACCAAGCAGUGUGCCAGCUCCACCUGGAGCCGAGACCAGGUCCGUGGCGGUGUGAAUGGGCAGCUGUUCUCCCUCUCCAACAGUGCUAACUCCAGGACUAUCACAGACGGUAUCACCCAGAAAGGCUCCUCAGAGGUGGCAUACCGCUCCUUCUCUGACAUCCCCAAGGACAUCUACUACUGGGUCCUACCAGACAGCUUCAGAGGAGACAAGGUGACAGCCUAUGGCGGAGAGCUGCGCUACACUGUGCGCUAUGAGCCCCGGCAACGCUCCCUGGUGAUUGACGGACAGCCGGAUGUGGUUCUCCAAGGCAACAGCAUCUUCCUGGAACACUUCUCCCAGACAAAGCCCCUCCCCCGCGCACCUACCACAGUCACUGUCACCUUCAGAGAGUCUGCAUGGAGGCGUGCUGAUGGACAGCCCUGUACUCGUGAGCACCUCCUCAUGGCCUUGGCUGAUACUACUGUAUUCAUGAUCAGAGCCACCUACGCUGACAACAUGGCUGAGACCAGUCUUUCAGACAUCCAAAUGGACAUUGCAGUGCCACGCUCCACAGGCAACGAACAUGCCCUUGAGGUGGAGGAGUGUGCCUGUCCCCAGGGCUACAAAGGACCAUCAUGCCAGGAGUGUGAUGUGGGCUACACCCGUACAGGCUCUGGGCUCUACCUGGGUACCUGUGAGAGGUGCGACUGUAACGGCCACGCCAGCGGCUGUGACCAGGAGACAGGCGCGUGCUUGCAAUGCCUUCACAACACGGCCGGCUCAAGGUGCGAGCGCUGUUUGCCAGGUUUCUACGGCAACCCUGUGACGGAUGGCCCCCAGGCCUGUCAGCCCUGCCCCUGCCCUGGCACUUCCCCCAGCAACCAGUAUUCUCAGUCUUGCUACAAGGACGUGGAUGGUCAGCCCACUUGUGAUAACUGUCCCCCUGGCUUCACUGGCCGGCGCUGCGAAAGAUGUGCUGCUAGGUACACAGGCAACCCCCAGCUCGGCCAGAGGUGUAGUGUUGGCAACAAUGACCUGAAUGGUAACUGCUAUAACUGUGACCAGAGAGGAAGUGAAGGAUGCAAUGGAAAUGGUGUGUGUCGCUGCAAGAUGAACAUUGAGGGCCCUGCCUGCUCCAACUGUAAGCAGGGAACCUUUCACAUCAGCACAGACAACAAAGAUGGCUGCCUGUCCUGCUUCUGCAUGGGUGUCACACAGCAGUGCUCCAGCUCCUCCCACUACAGAGACCAGGUGUCAUCUGUCUUUGUCCCUGGAAACUUCCAGGGCUUUGCUUUGGUCAACCGGCAGCGCACCAACCGUAUCUCCACCGGCUUCACUGUGGAAGUGUCCACCGAUGGCACACAGCUCUCCUAUAGCAACUUUGACUACCUAGGCCAGGAGCCCCACUACUGGCAGCUGCCUGGGGUCUACCAGGGGGACAAGGUGAGCUCCUACGGCGGUAAGCUGAAGUACACCAUCUCCUACGUAGCAGGACAGAGAGGAACAGCCAUCGAGGACCCUGACAUUCAGAUUAUUGGAAAUGACAUCACGCUGGUGGCUCGUCAGCCAUGGCAGAGGGGACAGGGGACAAGAGAGUCCCGCCAGUUUGAGGUUGUCUUCAGAGAGGAGAACUGGCGUCGUCCAGACGGCAUGCCUGCCACUCGGGAGCACCUGAUGAUGGUGCUGGCUGACCUGGAUGACAUCCUGGUGCGGGCCUCCUACUACACAGAGAUGAGGUCCUCCAGCAUCUCGGAGGUCAGCAUGGAGGUGGCCGUGCCCAACUACAGCGGCCUGGCUCAGGCUCUAGAGGUGGAGCAGUGCCGCUGCCCGACUGCCUACCAGGGACUCUCCUGUCAGGACUGUGCUCCUGGCUACACCAGAACCGGAGGUGGCCUGUACCUGGGCCACUGUGAGCUGUGUGAGUGCAACGGGCACUCUGACUCCUGCCACCCAGAGACUGGCAUCUGCACGAGCUGCCUCCACAACACCCAGGGAGAGCUGUGUGAGCAGUGUGCCCCGGGCUUCUUUGGGGACCCCACCGCUGGAACCCCAGAGGACUGCCAGCCCUGUGCCUGCCCCCACACAGACCCUGACAACCAGUUCUCCCCUACCUGUGAAAGCCUGGGUAACGGUGGUUAUCAGUGCACUGCCUGCCAGCCUGGAUACACUGGCCAGUACUGUGAACGCUGUGCACCUGGAUAUGUUGGAAAUCCACAGGACAGGAUUAAGUGUCGUCCAUUCAACACAGUGGCAGCCUCUCUGGUGGUGAAGGUGUACCCUGAGAGGGUGUUGGUGGCCCAGGGCAGCCCUGUGACCCUGCGGUGCCAGGUGACCGGCUCUCCACCCCACUACUACUACUGGUCCAGGGAGGACGGAAGGCCCGUCACCAACAGCGCCGACAGACGCGGACAAGGAGAGGAGCUGCAUAUCCCCAGUGUUCAACCCAGUGACGCAGGCAUCUACAUCUGUACCUGCAGAGACCAACGCAACAUCAACAUGAGCCGCGCUGAGAUCAUCGUCACAACUGUCUUAUCCAAACCCAUUGAAGUGACCAUUGAGGAGCCCAAAGCACAUAGCGUCACAGUUGGAGCAACAGUCAGCUUCAUCUGCACAGCCAAGAGCAAGUCUCCAGCCUACACCCUGGUGUGGACCCGGCGGGGUAACGGCAAGCUGCCCAACAGAGCCAUGGACUUCAACGGCAUCCUGACCAUCCAGAACGUCCAGCCUGAGGACGCUGGCAUCUACGUGUGUACAGGCUCUAACAUGUUUGCCAUGGACGAGGGCACUGCCGUCCUCUACGUGCCAGAGGCCUCACAGACUCCGACGUUUUACACAGCCUAUGAAAUGUUUGAAGGACAUAGAAAGCCUGCCGAGGGGGCCGAGCCAGUGGCUACCGCCACUCCACCUGUCCUGACCAUCCAGCAAGGAGGCCGCGCUGAGUUCCACUGUACUGUGACUGGCAACCCUACCCCUGCCAUCGAGUGGAUAGGUGGAGGUCCUGGUAACAGAAUGAGCCCCAAUGCUGUGGUCCGUGGAGGAGUACUAACCAUCCCUGCUGUGGAGAGGGGGGAUGAGGGGGAGUACGUCUGCAAGGCCCUCAACACCCACGGAGAACACACAGCACGGGCUGUCCUCUACGUACACAGUGGGUCUCAACAUCAACAGCAGGCCAAUGUCACAGGUGCCAGCCUGCCCCACGUGCAGGUGAGCCCCCAGAGAGUGGACAUCCAUGAGGGGGAGACGCUGAGGCUGUACUGCAGGGCUGGAGGCACGCCCAGCCCCGGACUCACCUGGAAGAAACAGGGAGGACAACUUCCUCCGCAGGCCAUUCCUUCUCACGGUUUCCAUCAGUUUAAAAGCAACAGUCUCGAUGUGUUACAGAGACGUAUUGAGGAGCUGCAGACCCGUAUGGAGCGUACAGACAUUGGCACCCUUCUCAUCCCCAACAUCAAGUCCUCUGACUCUGGCACCUACCUGUGUGUCGGAACCAACUCCAUAGGAUCCUCAGAGGCUCGCAUCGAGGUCACCGUCAAUAGAGCAAUAGGAGGAGACACCAUCUCAUCAGCCAUCACCAUCCAGCCCUCCAUAGCUGACGUCCAGGAGGGACAGUCUCUGGACCUUAACUGUUAUGUCCCUGGUAACCCCCCACCUGCUGUCACCUGGAGGAGGUCUAGUGGACGCCUGUCUUCCAAUCACCAGGUUCUGGGUACCCAGCUGCGUAUCCUCUCUGCCAGCCCAGAUGACUCUGGGGACUAUAUCUGUCGUGUGGAGGCAGGGCGUGGUACUCCUGCCCGUCAGACCUCAGUCUCUGUCUCAGUCACAGCCCCCUCCUCUCGCCUGCAGACCCCUAUCAUCUCCAUUGAGCCCCACAGUGCAGCGGUGCGAAAGGGAGAGUCAGCCAGCUUCAAGUGUAGGGUCUACAGUGGAGCCCAGCCCGUUCGCCUGGAGUGGAAACUGUCCAACAACCAGCCCCUUCCUGACAAUGUGAAGAUUGACCAUUACGGCUCUGUCCUCAUCAUCACUGAUGCCCGCCCUAGCAACCAGGGCACCUACCGCUGUGUGGCUAGCAACUUGUUUGGAAUUACCCAGAGCAUGGUCUCUCUGAUUGUCAGAGAGUCUCCCGUAGCGACUGUCACCCCUCAGGGGCCCGUGCGAGUCAAGGUGGGUGAACCCAUCAAUCUGGAGUGCCAGGCCUCCGGGGAACCACGGCCAUCUGUCACAUGGCACAGGCUGGACAACGCCCGCAAGACCAUGCUGAGUAGCCCUGUGCCCAUGGAGUCCAACGCUGUCAUGCAGGUCCUAGUGGCCCGUCCAGAAGACAGUGGCAACUACGUGUGCACGGCCCGCAACAACGAGGGAACCACCGAGACCAGGGUGGAAGUGAUCGUGGAAGGGGGUGCCCAGGUGCCCACCUCGCCCCGUGCCUCUGUGCCAGAACCCCUUAUGGUGGUGGUGGAGGGACAGACCACCACACUGAGAUGUGACGCUCACGGAUUCCCCGCCCCUAAGAUCACAUGGUCUAAGCUGCGUGCCCCUCUUCCCUGGAGACAUAAGGUAGUGGACAACACCCUAGUCCUGCCCAGUGUUGGCCGGGCAGACUCUGGAGAGUACAUCUGUAAUGCCACCAACAACAUGGGCACCACAGAGGUCACCAUCAUGCUGGAUGUGGAGACUCCUCCCUAUGCCACCUCCCUGCCCGACGACGUGGCAGUGCGUGUGGGCGAGGUGAUCCGACUGCAGUGCCUGGCCCAUGGUACUACCCCGCUGCUCUUCCAGUGGACCAAGCUAAACGGCAGCCUGUCCACCAGGGCUGACGUCCAAGCAGGAGACCUCCAGAUCAACCUGGCCACAGCCGAGGACGCUGGCACUUACAAGUGUGUCGCCACCAACAAAGUGGGCACCAGUGAAGCACAUGCCAAGGUUACAGUCAGAUCGCCCCUAGCGGUGCGUGUGUCUCCUCAGGUGGAGGUGAAGGCCGAGGGUAGUGCUGUGGAGUUCACCUGCUCUGCUGCAGGAGGCCUGGGGACCACCAUGGAGUGGCUGAAAGAGGGAGGAGCCCUGCCCCCCAACCAUCACAUCAAAGACGGAGUGCUGAGGAUUGAGAACCUGGAUCAGAGCAAUGAGGGCGUCUACAUCUGCAGAGCCACCAGUGUUCAUGGCCAGGCUCAGGAUACCGCCAAGCUCACCAUCCAAGCCCUUCCCAAGGUAAUGAUCAACGUGCGUACCUCAGUGCAGACUGUUAUGGUUGGUAACUCGGUGGAGUUUGAGUGCCAGGCCAUCGGCGAGCCCCAGCCCACGGUGCGCUGGAGCAAGGUGGGAGGGCUGUUACCGGCACACAUUGUGGUGAAGGGCGGCAUGCUUAAGAUCGAACAGGUGACAGACGCUGACGCUGGACAGUACCGCUGCACUGCCACCAACGAUGUGGGCUCUGUGCAGUCCCAGGUGGUCCUCAAUGUCCAAUCCCUACCCCAGAUCGCAGCUCUGCCAGAGCUGAAGGAAGUGACAGUGGGAUCUGAUGCUGUCCUGCCCUGUGUGGCAUCAGGAUACCCAGUGCCUGCCAUCAAAUGGUCCAAGCUGGAUGGGGAGCUUCCUCCUAAGUGUUUACAGGUAGUCAACACCUUGACGGUUCCUGGAUUGACCCACGAGGAUUCUGGGACAUACGUGUGCACUGCCUCCAACAAGCAGGGAAAAGUGGAGGCCUUCACCACCCUCAAAGUCCAUGAUCGAGUGAUGCCCCAUUUCACCCAGGAGCCCCUGUCCUAUCUCACUCUGCCCACCAUCAAGAACGCCUACAAGUCCUUCAGCAUCAAGAUCAGCUUCAGGCCAGACAAUCCUGAUGGUCUCCUACUGUAUGCGGGUAUGAUCAUCUAUAACGGACAGAAGAGGACCAUGGGAGCAGACUUCAUCUCUUUGGGGCUGGUGGGAGGCAGGCCUGAGUUUAGGUUUGACGUGGGUUCUGGCAUGGCCACCAUCCGCUACCCCACACCCAUCAAACUAGGAGAGUUCCAUACCAUAGAACUCCACCGCAACCAGACACAGGGCUCCAUCAUAGUGGACAGAGAGGCUCCAGUCAACGGAAGCUCACAGGGCAAGUUCCAGGGGCUGGAUCUGAAUGAGGAGUUGUAUGUGGGUGGUUACCCCAACUACACCCUCCUGGCCAAGACUGCUAGCCUCAAGACUGGCUUCAUUGGCUGCAUCCGUAAGCUGGUCAUCCAAGGUGAUGAGGUCAUCUUCAAGGAUCUGGACCGCAGCUCUACGGGCGUGUCCAACUGUCCUGUCUGCACUGACCGUCCCUGUCAGAAUGGAGGGAUAUGCCAGGACUCUGAUGCCAGUCUGUACAAGUGUAGCUGUCCCAGAGGAUUCACAGGGAGUAACUGCCAGCACCACUCCUCCCUGCACUGCCACCCAGAGGCUUGUGGACCAGACGCCACCUGCAUCAACCGACAGAACACCCUGGGCUACGACUGCCGAUGCCACUUGGGGAAGUCUGGAAACAAGUGCAUGGACGGUGAAUUGGUGACUACUCCCCUGUUUGACGGUAUGGAAUCGUACAUUGCAUACCCUCCUCUGACCAACAUCCACAACGACCUGCACAUCGAGAUGGAGUUCAAACCCAUGGCUCUGGUCGGUCUGAUGUUCUUCAGUGUGGGCAAGAAGAUGAAGACGGAGGAUUUUGUUUCCCUAGAGAUGGUGGAUGGACACGUGCAGUUCCGCUAUGAACUGGGGACUGGCCAAGCUGUCCUGCGCAGUCCUGAGCCGGUCACCCAGGGCCAGUGGCACCGCUUGGAAGCCGGGCGCCUCGACAAGGACGGCUCUCUGAAGAUUGACGGUGGCCUUGAGGUCAGGAGGUCGUCGCCAGGCAAGGCCCAGGGCCUGAAUAUCCACACCCCCAUGUACCUAGGAGGAGUCCCCAACAUUGAUAUCAUACCCAAGGCCCUUAACAUCAGUGUUCUGUACAAGGGAUGCAUAGGAGAGGUGUCCAUCAACGGUAAGAAGGUGGACCUGUCCUACAGCUUCACAAACAGCAUGGCCAUCAUCCAGUGUAAGGACAACAGUCCCUGUGACCGCAACCCCUGUCUAAACGGAGCCAGCUGCAUGCCGAGCGCAGAGUAUGAGUACCAGUGUCUAUGCAAGGACGGCUUCGAGGGUGAGCGAUGUGAGGUGUUGAAGGAUACCUGCCAGAGCAGUGACCAGUGCCAGAACGGAGGCAGCUGUGUCAACAGCCAGUGUGUGUGUCCUGUAGGCUUCAAUGGCCCCUUCUGUGGAGAGAGCCAGGUCUCCAGCUUCGCCGAUGCCCUGUGGAAUUUGGAGGGUAGCGGGGGGAAUGAUGCCCCCAUUGAGUAUGCAGUUAAAUUCUAUGACAACGGUUACCUUUCUCUUCCCAAGACUAUCUUCCCCAGAAGUGGCCCUGACACUCCAGAGACCAUUGAGCUGGAAAUCAAGGUCAACACCAACUCCAAAGAGGGCCUGAUCCUGUGGCAGGGAGUGGAGUCAGUUAAUGGCGCUAGCCAUUUUCGCAAGAUGCAUGCUAGUAAAAAGGUAUCCACCUCACCAAAACACCUGGAACUUGGAGAUCAAGGCAAGGGCAAGGACUUUAUCAGUCUUGGUCUGCAAAACGGACACUUAGUCUUCAGCUACCAGCUGGGCAGUGGUGAGUCUCAGAUCCAGUCCAGAGAGCCCAUCAACGAUGGCAGAUGGCACAAGGUCACUGCUGUGAGAACUGGUAAACAGGGAUAUAUUCAGAUAGACGGAGGAGUCAUUCAACAAGGACAAUCACAAGGCAAAAGCAUCAUGGUGAACACCAAAGGCAACGUAUACCUGGGUGGCGCCCCGGACAUAUCUGCGAUGACGGGAGGGAAGUUCUCCUCGGGGCUCGAAGGCUGUGUGAGGAACCUGUCUCUGAUGAACGCCCGGCCGGGAGAUCAGCCAGCCAGACCCAUCGAGCUGCAGGCCACCGCAGAGAAUGGCAUCAACGUGGGCCGUUGCUCCUCAUAGACCUACAGCACCUCCCCCCCACAAACACACACACACACACACACACACACACACACACACACACACACACACACACACACACACACACACAGAGAGAGAGAGACUAUGGAGACAAGAUACACACACACACAUUCACAGUUACACGCAAACACACACAUACAUGCAUACACACAGUCAGUUUGAUACAAACGUGGUGCUUUGCUCCUACCAAAAACAAAGAUACACAACACAAAAUGAUAUUUUGCUCUAUGUGCAUUAAACCAAAAAAGAGAGAAAAAAUGAAAUGUUAUUAACAAGUCUUCACUUCCUCAGUGUUGUAUUGUCAAUGAAGGUCAAGGACUAUUAACACAGAUCCAGUACAGUUUACAUACUCCCGGCAGUAGCUUUUAGCCAUGACAACAAGAGAGUAAAACGCUAUAGGCCUUCUACGAUGGGUCAGAUCCUAUGGAGUUGGAGAUGUUUUUACAGCACUGAAUUAUUUUUAUUUAUAUACAUAUAAAUAUAUAUUAUAUAUUUGUGGGGGAAACAUGCAAACUAACCAUAACUGCUCUUCUUUGUCCUAGAGUUGAUUCUGGGUUCUAAUACUGUGUGUCCAGGGCUUUUUUUAAGGGCCUAGUUGUGUUAAUACUUGAAGACAUUUAGGCCUUCUACUUUCUUCUUCACUUCUGUAGGGGAACCUGAGGGGCGAGCAUGCUCACAGCCUUGUCACACUGUUGGUAGAGGGGUCACAGAGGUCACGGCACAAAGCAGCAUCAAGACACAUCUCAGGGGAAGACAGGAUUUUAAAAACAAACAGAACGCUAUUAGAUGUAAUGCUGCCGUUCAAUUCUGCCAAAUCAUUUCUGAUCUGAUUCUAAAAUCCCUUGCCUUCCCACACCUAGCAUGGUUGCCUCUUUUGUGUCUGUAAAUAGUUUUUUAAAAACUUGGUGCUAUUAAGUCAGACAUGAAAAUACAGCGCACUAACACUCAUGUGUCUGUCUCCUUAUAUUAAUGUAGUACAUGUGUUGUUACAUUUACUUCAUUUCUACAUUUGAAAUUAUAUCAGUGUAAAACACAUGCUACACUUGCCUACUUUCCUCCACCUCUCCUGAGGUUGGGGAGGUUGUGUUGUUCUCCAGAUUAAAUAAAGGUUUAUUUUAGUAUUUUUACUGUGGCUCAGUCUCUUCAUGAGUCCUAUCUGAUUGAGUAGAUCUCAAAAGACGUCAAGGUGGUGUUUUAAAGAAUGAAUGUAGAUUAUAUUUGGAAGUUUUUUUUAUUAUGAGCGGUUCUGAGAAUUCUAAGACAUUUUGUAAUUUUGCUUCUGCAGUCGCAAUCAUGUGCUUACUAUUUGCAAGUCAGGUAAAAUAUCAGUUUAGUCUGGGUAUGUGGGGGUCCCAGGACCGACUUUGGGAAACCCUGAUUUAGUAGACGCUCUUAUCCAGAGCAACUUACAGUAGUGCACUGUACAUUUCUCAUACUGCUCCCCAGUGGGAAUCGAACCCACAACCCUGGCGUUGCAAGCACCAUGCUUUUCCAACUGAGCCACACGGGACCAUAUUUUCAUCCCUAUAUGACGUUGUGUGUGUACUGUAUGUGAUUGUACUGAAUGCGUGUGAACUGUGUACUGUUACUCAAUGUGUGUGUACUUUAUGUCCACGUCUCGCCAUCUAAAUCCUCAGGAGGGUUAACGCAGAACUGCGUCAAGAUGUUCCUCAGUAAUUUUCAGGUUCAGUAGCAACUAGCCUCAGUAGGUCUCAUAGAACUAACAGGUCUGAUAUGGAACUCUAGCAGCUGCAUCAUUUUGUUAGCUGUUGUACCUAACGCACUAUGCAAGCAGACUCAUACCAAAAUAUUUUGACAUGGAUAUGGCUUCCAUAACUUGGGGUAGACAGAUUGGAUGAGACGAACAGUAGACAUACAGCAGACAGAGUAGAUGACUUCAGCAGUGGGAGAAAACAGUUGAAACCUGCCUGGUGGGAAGCGUGCUAGCUGUGACCUAUGGAGCUCCAAUGAGCAUGCUCGCCCACACUGGUUGAUCACAUGACAAAUAUGGCAUCAUAGUUUCACAAACUUUUCACAUUUUGUAAGUUUAAGAUUAUGUUGAUUAAUAUUCUAAAAAUGAGCACUAUCAUUUCACUUAAAGUUGCUUCAUUUUUAUUUAUUUUUGUUUCUUUAUUUUAUUAAUUUCUGUUGUUUAUUUCAGGCUUGAUUCUGCUGUUGUAGAGCAAUCAGAAAAGCUUGCCAUCAUUUUUUUUCUUGCGUUAUUGUGUAUUCCCUCCCCACAUCCCCGUUCCCUUCAUGUUGGAUUUUUAAUACCGUUCUUCUAAGUGUCUUCCCCGACUGGAGUUCCCACCCUGACAUAUACAGUCUCAGUUGAGUGUCUGUGGAACAACUGUGAUAACUGACAGUAACAUCAGCCCGAGAAGGGGUUGUCAACUGCUUUGUGCCAGACCCAAAUAGAUCUGUGUAUCUAUCGAUCUAUAUAUACAGUAUGGCUCUGGUUUGAAUUGAUAAAAUGGAGGAUUUUAGGCUCUGUAUGUCACAUUGAGUAGAGUUACCAUUACUCAUUGGGAAAGGUUACAAUGUGAUUAUUGUGUAAUUGACAGGAGUAAACACUGCAUAAAAACAUCAUACAAUCACAAAUCAAGUACAUUGAAUGCCCUAUUUGUGUGGUCUUAAAUCAUAAGAUAUAAUUUGGUAUGGUUGAUGUACUGAGUAUGUAUAAAGUAAAUAUGGGCACUCAUCAUUGAUGAAGAUAUUAUUUCACCUUUUUUGACAUUUUUAAUAUUGUCUCUGUUUCAUUUUUUGGGAUUAAGACAUGUUGAAAAAUACUGUCACAAAUUUCUAGUGAAUGGAAGUGUACUACACAUAAUAUUAUUGUCCAUUGGAUGAUACUGCUCUUGUUCCUGACUGAACCAUUUCCAGAGUUGAAAGGAAUGACUCUUCCCCUCCCUCAGUGUUUCUUCAUUAAAACAACAUUCAUGUGCUAUUGAGAA